UGUACCAGAGGAGCUUACACUCUAAUGUCCCCUCCCCCACAGUCCCAUCAGUCUCUGUACCAGAGGAGCUUACACUCUAAUUCACAUCACUCUAAUGUCCCCUCCCCCACAGUCCCAUCACUCUAAUGUCCCCUCCCCCACAGUCCCAUCAGUCUCUGUACAGAGGAGCUUACACUCUAAUGUCCCCUCCCCCCACAGUCACAUCAGUCUCUGUACAGAGGAGCUUACACUCUAAUGUCCCCCUCCCCCACAGUCCCAUCAGUCUCUGUACAGAGGAGCUUACACUCUAUGUCCCCUCCCCCACAGUCCCCAUCAGUCUCUGUACAGAG